CACCGGUUAAUAGUGUUACCACCAACUCCUCAAGACUCGAUUCUUUUCUUGAGCACAGGAUAUAUCAUCGACAACUGACAGAUCUAAGUCACAAACAAAUCUCUUUCUUCCAUCGAUCGGACAGCAUCUGUGAGGCGAGAUGCACGAUUUCUGUUUCACGAUCCCGUACGGGCUCCUGGUCCUCGUCGGCGGCGUCGUCGGCUAUGCGCGGCGGGGCAGCACGGCUUCACUCGCCGGCGGGGCGGGCUCCGGCGUCGUCCUCCUCCUUGCUGGGUUCCUCAGCCUCAAGGCCUUCGAGAAGCGCCGCAACUCCUAUCUCGCCUUGGCCCUCGAGACCCUUUGUUCCCUUAUCUUAACAUUUGUUAUGGGCAAAAGAUACCUGGAAACUUCCAAGAUAAUGCCAGCUGGAUUAGUUGCUGCUCUCAGUGCGAUGAUGUCUCUAUUCUAUCUGUACAAGAUUGCAAGCGGAGGUAAUCAUAUUCCGACCAAGGCAGAAUGAGUUAAUGUCGGAAGCAUGCAUGACGGAUGUGUAAUUCAGGGCAUGCGACAGGUUAACAUGAAUCAUGUUUUUUUCUUUUAUGUGUAAAAUUCAGAUCAACAUCAGCAGAUAUCUUGUUAUAUCUCAAACAGCUUGUGCUGCGCGGCUGGGACGAAAUUGAGCAAGUUGUGAUUCAAUAAUUUUCACACUAUACCUUCGGACAUUGUAAUCUGAUAUGAUAUGACAAAUUUAAUGAUCUCAGUAGGAGGAUCAUGAAUGAAAUUUGGUGAGCUUAAUGUCAA